GCUAGCAAGCUAACCGAAGCUCAUGUUUUGCUAACCGAAGCUAAGCAUUAACUUGCUUUUGCAUUGUUUGAUAACUUCUUUGCUUAUAUGAGGUGAUGCUAAUGUAUCGUACUGACCGAAAAAAUAGCGCAGCAGCAAAGAGGUGAGCCAGCCAACCCCUCCCCUGGUUAAAAAUACACACUCGUUAAACUUGCCUGGUGGGUUGAGAAGCUGAAGCUAAGUUAGCUAACACCGGCAGCGUUUGCACGUUUUGGUAAUACUAGCAGGCUUUUAGUUGAGGAAAAGUUAAAGCAGAAAAAUGGCUGAGGCUGUUGCAAAAGUGGCCCGGAGGAUUAAUGCUACUGUAGAGGAGGGAAAAGAUAGUGUGGACCUGUCAAAAUGCAUGCUAGCUUCUUUCCCAGACGGUGUGUUCAAAGUCCUGAGGACUGUCACAGAAAACAUCCGAGUUAUCACAUUGGCUGACAAUGAGAUGAAGGCCGUUUCUAGCAAGUUCUUUACAACUUUCACUCAGCUCAGAGAACUGGACCUGCAAGGAAAUGUGCUCACCAAACUGCCCGAUUCUGUGUCGGAAAUGAAGCAUCUGACCAGCAUCAACCUGGCUAAUAACAAGUUCUCCAUCUUCCCUGAUAAGCUUACUGAAAUAGCCACACUGGAGCAUAUUGAUCUUCAGGGAAAUAGCCUUACUGAAGUACCACUGGAGAAGUUGUCUGACAUGCCAUCGCUGAAGUGGCUGAAUGUGAAGUCAAACCCUCUGGACUCAAACACAAAGUCAGCUCUGCAGUCUCCUCGUAAAUUUGACAUUUUGUCAACAGCAGAGUCCUAAAAUGCAUGAUAAAUGUAUUUCACCUCCUGUAGCAUGGAGCUGUGUGCCUUUAAUUGCUUAAAUUGAAUUAGUUUUGUGUUACAGGCAGGACAAAAAUACUUCAGGAUAUCAUUAUACUGUACAAGCAACAAAAACAGAGUUGUGCAGAGACCUCUUUCUUUGACUUUUCAAUGCUGCUGGGAACCCUGUAGGCUCUACUUUUGGUAUUAAGACUUCUGGAAAUUAAAUCACUCAUUCUUGAUACACCAUUUGACAUUGUUUCAAAUUAUAUAUUUAUUAUGGCUUAUUUAUUGUUUUUGAUAGGGGAAAAAACAAAUAUACAUUGCAAACUAAGCAGUCUUUGUGUAUUUGUCUUUUUUACCUGGUGACUUUGCUGAGAUGGUUAUGUUAUAUACAAUACUGAGUUUGUAUUAAAUGGCACAGAAGU